CACGGUUGCAAGAAUCGGCCGAGCGGACACAGGUCCGAUCGAGCCGGCAUGUAUGGCCCGAAACCUCCCCCGCUCAUACUCUACCACAACUAGCUGUAGUAGAAAGUUGAAGAUUUGUAAGGAAGAAAAGAAGAUUAGAAUAUUGCUUUUCUCUUUCUGUUUUAUUGUAGUUGCUUUUUUUUUUUCCUCUUCGCCGGUCAUUGUCUUAUACCUCUCUUUCUCUUCCCAUGUCGUUGUGGUUGUUGUUGUUGUUGCUACUGCUGUUGCCGCUGCUGUGGUUGGAUGGUGGUGGCAUUGACAUGGUCAUGCCGUCCUCCUCUUUUCAAACGCGUCCUCUCUCCUUUUCACUCUCCCAAUAUCCUACUCAAUUCCAUGAUCCUCAUUGACAACUACAGCUAAUACUAUUACAAAGACACCGACAACAACAACAACAACAACAACAAAAGAACAAGAAGAGAGUUGUGAUGCGGUCUUCUUGAAUAGGAGGAUCGAGAGAUCGAUCAAUAGAUAGAUAGAUAGAUAGAUGGAUAGAUAGAGGGAAGAGGAACACUGAAAGGAUAUUAUGGAUCUUCCGACAAGGAAGGCUUCUUCCGGUUUCUUCCGCGACGGUAACAACUGGUUUUGUAAUGCAGCUCUACCAAGUGAUAUUGUAGUUGAAGCAGAUGGAGUUCGAUUCCAUCUUCAUAAGUUUCCUCUCCUGUCUAAGUGUGGGAAGAUUGCAAAUAUGUUAGAAGAAUCUAAAAUUACAUACGGUGAGAUUUUUCAUGCCAAAUUAUUAGGCUGUCCUGGGGGGCCUGAUGCGUUCUUGGUUGCUGCAAAAUUUUGCUACGGAGUCAGGGUGGAUUUGACACCAAAGAACAUUAUAAUGGUUUACUGUGUGGCAAACUAUCUUGAAAUGACAGAAGACUAUGGGGAAGAGAACUUGUUGGCCAAGUCGGAGAGUUUCUUCCACAGAAUUAUACUUCGUAACUGGAAAGAUUGUAUCUUAGCCCUUCAAAGUUCUGAAUCGGUUUUUGCAGAGGCUGACUCACUCCUAAUCGUGGGGAAAUCUCUGAAUGCUCUCUCGAUGAUGGCCUGUACAGAUCCAAGUCUAUUUGGCUGGCCCAUGAUGAUGUAUGGUCGCCUACAGAGUCCUGGUGGAAGCAUUUUGUGGAAUGGAAUAAAUACUGGGGCAAGAAUCAGAAGCAUUGAAUCUGAUUGGUGGUUCGAAGAUGUCUCUUACUUCAAUGUGCCAUUGUUUGAGAGACUGGUUGAAACAAUGAGAGCAAGAGGAAUAAGAUCGAAAAAUUUAGCAGGUGCGAUAAUGCACUAUGCGAGAAAGUACCUACCUGGUCUAGGUCGAUGGCAGGGUGGACAAGGAGGCAAAACCAUGAGCAUUGCAAGUUUUAGCAUGACACCUGCUGUAGUUGAUCAGAGAAUUUUGCUGGAAAGCAUUGAAAAGCUGCUUCCCCUGAAGAAAGGAAAAUCUUUUUGCCGCUUUUUGUUGGGCCUUCUACGAGUUGCAAUGAUACUAAAUGUCCAUCGAUCAUGCAAGGACUCUCUCGAGAGGAGAAUCGGCAUGCAAUUGGAGCUGGCUACCCUUGAUGGUCUUCUGCUUCCCUCCUAUUCAGAUUCUGAUAAUCUAUAUGAUACUGAUUGUGUUGAACGGAUUAUUCGGCAUUUUUUGUCCUUGGAACCGAGUGUAACCUUAUUUUCUCCAUCAUCAAUUGAAAUGGAAGCAUCCCCAGCUUCUGGUCCUUUACGAAAAGUUGCAAAGUUAAUAGAUGGCUAUCUUGCAGAGAUUGCUCCUGAUGUAAACCUAAAACCUGAAAAGAUGCGAUCUCUAGCAAAGGCCCUUCCAGAAUCUUCAAGGCCCUUUGAUGAUGGGCUGUAUAGAGCACUGGAUAUCUAUUUGAAGGCACACCCAUGGCUUUCAGGGAAUGAGAAGGAGCAACUAUGUACUGUCUUCAACUGCCAGAAGCUCUCCAUUGACGCAUGUGCCCAUGCUUCACAGAACGAGCGCUUGCCGCUCCGAGUCAUUCUUCAGGUCCUCUUCUUUGAGCAGUUGCACUUGAGAACAGCUGUUGCUGGUUAUCUCCAUGUCUUUGACAGCGAAAGUGCCACCACAGCUGCUGCUGCUGCUGCUGCUGCGUCUGCUAAUGACAUAACAAGUCAGAUACUGCAGAGAGAUGGGUGGGUUACUGUUGUCCGAGAGAACCAGGUCCUGAGAGUUGACAUGGAGAAGAUGAGGUCCAGGGUUAGUGAGCUGGAGCAAGAAUUCACUAGCAUAAAGCACGAGAUGAAGAGGAUGGCGACUAAAUCAAGCGGGUCAUUCAUUUCCCCACGUUUGGUGUCUGGGAGAAUUGGAUGCAACCUUCUACCACGAUCAAACAGUGGACGAUCAGAUAUCAUCGAAAGCGUCAGUCCUAGCCCGAGACAGUCAAUGGAGCGAGGACACCCUCCCCAGCAUUCAAGACACCGGAAUGGCUCCUCUCUCCCCUGAAUGUAGACAUACCAAAAUUUACCAAUUCAUGUGGAACAUGCUUUUGUACCGCAAGAUUUCUUUUGAAACUUAGAAGAUGAGGCCAGCAACAGCCGAUGCUCUCUCGGUUGUUUCUUCAUAGGCAGGUGGGUGGGUGAGGAUUUCACAUUUUAAAGGGGAGGCUUUCACCAUCUCAUUAUUCAACCAUAGCCUUUCUGUUGAAACAAAUCCUUGAUUCACUCAGGAGAGAAGGUAGGAAAAGAGGAGAGCAGUUGAGGAAGUUCCGAAGAAAAUGCAAAGGGAAAAAAAAAAAGCAGCAUAAGCGGGGCUACAUUUGCUUUCAAUAGUGUAUAAUUUUCUCAAGCAUUGUUGAAUGGAUUCUUUUCCCAAAGUAUGUUUCAAAGGAGAUGAUCAGGGCAGCAUUUUGGAGGAUGAAUCAGAGAGAAGAUAGUUACCAUGGAUUGCGACGGCUAUGAAAAUACAUACGUAGCCAUUUCAAAUUCAUAAUUUGAGAAGUGUAUUUGUGGGGAGUCGCCAUUGAUAGAGGGGUGGAAGAGAUCUUGAAUAUAGAUUGUAAAAGCAAGGCAAGACCAUCAUGGUUAGUAUUCAGUUUCAGCAUUCUUGAAAGCAAGGCAAAAUAAGGAGGAACAGGAAAAGAUCCUCUAGUCCAAAUGAAAAGGAAGUGACACAUAUACAAGAUGAAGGCCAGCAUUCGGCUUGUGCAUUUUCCCAUCGACACCUUCAUGCCUCUUGUUCAAGGAGAUUAAUGUCAAGUUUUCAGGUUAUAUAUGGUUUGCUAAGCCCACACGCACCUCUACAUGCUGUAACAUGUUCCAAACCCAGGACGUGUGGGACAUCCAAACGGUGUAUCAGGCAGGCCUCACCAGUAGAUGACCUCACACGUACUGUGAAUGUGGACCAUUGGCAGAAUUUAUUUAUUUUUUCGAAAACAUCCAUUAUUUUCAUGUGUGUGUCGUCAACCGGCCCGUUCUUAUUUGCAUAGGUCAUCUACAUGGUGGGGCCACCUUGUGCAUGAUUAUCCAGAUGCCCCACAUGCGUCAGGCUGGCAUCUGUGGCUACAUGUAGAGGCAUGCUCAAAGUCUGUAAUUUUCAUAUGUAAUGUAAUUGAAGCUUUGAAGUGUUUUUCAAGCUAAUUUAGUUUGAACUAUUACAUCCUCCGACAAUGAUAUCUGUGAUGGAGAGACCC